AUGGGCUGCGGGUCAUCGCAAGAAGCGGUCGCUCCGCAGCAAAACGCGCCAGUUCGCAAUGGCGACGUGAAGAGGGAAUCACCCCCGCCACGAAUAGAACAACAAAGCCAUCCCAAAGCAGACGAAGUGAAAGAGGAAAAAAAGAAGAGGAAAGACUCUGCAAAGUCAAGUAGCAGCUCCAGUUCCAGUAGCUCAAGUUCUAGUCGAUCAAGUAGUGCUAAGUCGAAAAAAGAUCGUCCAGAAACUGCUCCUGGGGAACGCACCGCCGACUUCAAACGAACCAGUUGCUGUGUUAGCUGCUGAUGUCACAGAGAAACCGGAGAAGAAGGGAAGUGUAGAAUCAGUGAAAUCAAUCAAAACUACAGAGACAGCUGUAGAAGAAACAAAGAAGGAGGAGGUUACGGCAACUACUGAAAAUACAACAACCGAAAACACGACAAAGGUGGAGGAAAAUGCUCAGUCGGUAACAGUGACCCGUGUCGAAGAGACAUCAGUAAAUACAACAGUCGUACAGACAACAACAACGGUGGUCGAAACAACUGAAACAACGAACGUCGAAGAAAGUGCAGACGAGACUACAACCCAAGGUGAAGGGCAAUCUCAAGAGCAAGAAAAACCAAACUUCAGCGAAGACGUCCUAAAAGAAUUUGUCGAAGUAGAGAAUCAAGUGAAGAUCUUGGAAGAAAAGGGUUCAGAGAAUAAUUAUCAAAUUAAACACAGCAGGCUGUUAGAGUUGCAUAAGAACCUCACUGCUUCUCAUGAGAACGUGGAAAAACUGAAAGCUCAGACGUAAGUAUCAUGAGAAUAUUUUUACUAUUAACGGAAAAUUUUCCGCUGGAAAUUGUACUUGGGGCCUGGUAGUUUAUUACUUGUGAUGGGUGGGGGGCGGCCAUUUUGAGAAAGUUCGGAAGAUUUUUAAACCGACCCCCACGUCAUCCAGAAAUGACCCCCCAUAAAUUCCACAUAUUGUGAAAGUGACCCUCCUCCCACCCAAUUUCUGUGGAAACUGUGAAUAUUCUAGCGACAACUUGUGCAGAAGUUAACCGCAUACUUUACCAACGGUCAUGUUUAUAAGACCAGAGUUACCUAGUCAUGGCUGUUUCAUUCAAUUUCAAUUCACACUAGCUCAUUAGGACUCUGUACUACUUUCAUGAGACUUAUUGAAAUGACCCCUAGGUAACACUUUCUUUUCCAUAAAUAUGGACACUGAGGGGGCCAUAGAAAGUGUCAGUAUUAAUGUGUCUGUAAAAUUGAAGAAGGUGUCUGUAAAACAGGGUUCGAGUGUACGUGUUGUUCACCAGAAACUUACUACCCUUAUCUAACUCAACUUGGUAUUCUUCAUCCCAACUCAUAACUGUAUAACAGGCUCACCUGUAUGCCUUAAAUAGCACCAAUUAGCCUGCUAGCCAAGUCUCCAUUUAUAGUGAGCAAAGCAAGUUGGGAGAGACCACGUGAGUGAGCCGCAAGGGACAGAGGAAAGCAGCUCCCUUUCUUUCCCCGCCCCUUGCACUUGCAUCUCCUUUUACAUGCUGCUCUUGCGUGACUUCUCGCGAAUUUUUACAGCUUUUUACAUUUCUUCCCCAGACUUUUAAAAAAGCAACCUUUGGCACUGAACUGGGGUGGGGAGGGAGGGUGGGUAUCAUAAUUAUUAUGUUAUGAAAAUUUGUGCUAAACGAGGUUGAAGAAAAUUUGUUUGAACCCAGCUGAUUGCCAGUCAGCCACAACUAGGGUCUUGAAAGAAAAGAACAAAGCUGGCUGUGAUAAGGACAAUCAUGUACAUCCCUGAGUUCUGAUGGGUUCACCAUAUACAUUAGCGCUAGUUGCUAUAGUUGCAUGUAUUUGUACAGUGAUUUGCAGGAACACAUUACAGAUUAUGUGUUUUUUUUUAUAAAUAGGAUGUUAAUAAACCCUGGUUGUAACUAAAGGCUGGUAUAUUCAAAGUGCUCAUUUUCAUGUCUGACUUGACUAGCUAUAGUAAUAACAGGGUCCGAAAUUGCGCCUUCCUGGUCGCCAAUGCGACUAGAAAUUUAGUCCUGGCGACCAGAAUUUCAUAGCUGGUCGCCAGCUAGCGACUUGUAAAGCUGGUUGUUAUUGUUGACUUUAACGUUCGGAGAAACUGAUUAAGAAUUGAAACCUCGAAGCUAUUUGCCAACAGGUGUCUUACUUUUUGUCCUGCUGAUAUUUUUUAAUUAAAAGUGAAACGAAUCUUCCUGUAAUAAUACCUCCACAACAGCUACGAUCAAUACAAGUUGAACGUUUCCAAGCCGCCAUGUUGUUCGGUAAGAACGUUGUGUACUUUGUGUACUGGUACGACUGAUGUGGCACAGUUGUGGCCUGGUACGAGCAACAUGGCGGCUUGACUCCUGUUUAUGCCUCGUGUUUCGUGGUAGUUAUCGGAAAAAAAAUAAAGUUUUGAUAUGAUCAGUGCAGUCAUGGGCAGACAGCUUUCUGUUCCUACGUUUUAAUUCGGACAGCUUUAUAUCUCCAAAAAGUAAUUUGCGGGAAAAAAAAAGACUUCUUUCAUACACGUACGGUUGCUUUCUGAUAUCGGGAGUGGAAGUAGUGCAAUUUUCGAGCAUAAAAACGUCCAUACCAUGCAUUUUUUAUUCGUGUUUAAACUAUUAUUGGAAAAAAGGGAGGGGGAAUUUUUGGCGACCACAAUUUACCCUCUGGCGACCAAAAAUUUAUACUUGAUCGCCAGUUGGCGCCCGUAUUAAAAAGUUAAUUUCGGACCCUGAAUAAUGGUUAAUGAUAAUUUAAUCACAAGAUACUGUGUUUUUUUUAGUGCUAAGGAAUAUAGAGAUAUUGAAGAGCUGAAUUCAGCAUGGAAUGUGCGGGCACUGUUUGUCAACCAAGCCCAGAUCAACGCAGAAUAUGAAAAGGAGAAACAAGAAUAUGUUGAUGCACUCAACAAACAAGAAAUUGCCCAACAAGAAUUUGAAAACUUAAAAACCCAGUAUAAGAAGUUGUAUGAUGAAGUUAUUACUGCGAAAAAAGAUAUGGAUGAACUUAAUUCCUUGCGAGGCAAACAGGAAGUGUUACUGGGCCAAAUAUUUAAUGAUUCUUAUGGUAGUGACAAGGAAUGGAAGUUGGAGAUGGAACUUGAUUUGUUGGGUCAAAGAAAGGAGAGAAUAAGUGCGGCGCAUGUCCGGUGGAGUGCUGCUCAUGUGUAUCUGGAUCAUGCUGUGAAGCAGCUUAGUUGGAGCACCAGGCGCUGGGCCCAAAUUGCUUCACAUCGUGUAACAGUUUUGGUGGUAAGUUUUCAUCUCAAAUUUGAGUCAUUUUUUUCUUAUCCUAGGGUAUUGACAGAAAAAGUUUUGUGUAAUCCUGUCCUAAUACUUAAAUUGGCUUUUAAAUUAAUGUAAUUAGCUUUGAUUUGAGGCUACGUGUACUAAUAUGCCAGGCAAUACUCCUUUGUUUUGAACCUAACCUGCGACUGGCCUAUCCAUAAAAUGUUUACAAGUCUUGACAUCAUUGUUUUCACAUGUUUUCACAAAGUUUUGACAACUUUGUAAGGUUCCACUCAAUGUAGAUCCAAUUAAUCGUCUUUUGCGGAAUUCCUCUGUAGCUGCUCAGACCUUCAUGUGUUGUGUUUCUCAGAAGCUCAUUAUGCAAAAUUGAAAAUUGACAGGCCAUCUGAUAUUAACGCGAUGGUGCGAUUUCGCACAAUUGACCUCAAAUCACAUCUGAUCGCACAAUUUGAGGAAAAUCGUAUAAUUCCUCAAAAAAAUGCUAUAUUCAAGGAAAGUAAACUGAAACUGAAAAUGAGUUCUAACUUUAAUUAAACAUUUUCCUAAUAUCUUAAUGUUAUUUAAGGUGAUUUACCACUAAAGAAAGCCUUGCAAGACAUCUGAAACCUUCAAUCGCAGUAUCUGUGCAGCCAUUUUGAUUUCAGAGACAAGCAUUGUGGUCAGCGGUGUAAGGACAUCAUGUAAUAUUAAGCAAGCGUCCUUUUUCUUUUCUGGGUCAAAAUAAUUGGACAAAUUCAACUAUUUUGUUUUAAAAUAGAUGUUUUAUUAUUUCCUUACAUUCAAAUUGCCCGUUAAACAACAUUAAAGUGGUUUUUCUCCUUUGAAACCUGGUAAAACAAUGUGAAUUAGCCCUGAAAAAUCGCAUGAUUUAUCUCAUAAUAGUCCUGUCUUAUCGCACAAUCUACCCUGAAAAUAUCGCACAAUUUCUGAUUUUUUAUCGUAUUCUAUCAGAUGGCCUGAAAUGAGUCUCAAAUAAAACUGAAUCAUGACUUAUUUUACUUUCACAGAUAAAAUAUCAGAUGGUUGCGGAAACCAGAAAUCACUUGAUUGCGGCAGCGCAAAACAUAACAAGUGCCCAUGGAAACAUGAGACCAGUGAAUGUGCCCUAUUUUACCCAGGAGGAUCUGCAGGUUAGUUGUUACAAUCAAAAUUUUUAAUGUGUUGCAGUCUGACUUUUUUCUUUACAAAUUUGAACAUUCCUGUUCGAAACCAGCAGAACUGCAUCAUAUCUGUUUCACUUAAAACAGACUGUGUAAUUGCAAGCUAAUUUAUCAUGUGCAAAGUCUGUUUUUUGUCAUCUGCAAAGGUGUUUCACUACAGAUGAGAAACGCGUCUGCGCAUCAUAAGAAAUCGUUGUUGAAGAAGAAAAUGAAAUUUAACCAGUCAUUGCAUGGAUCAUACACGUUUAGUUUCAACAGAAACCAAACUGAUUUAUUCAGAUCCAGUUGAAGAUUUGUUCUAUAAAAAAAAGAUGAAUGAAUGAUGGAUCCAGUCACAGGGUGUGUGCUGCUAAUUAAGUCACCUAACAGAACCAGCUGCCUUAAUACCGGCCCCAGGUAACUUAUACUUACCUUCAAGCAAAAAGGAAGUGUUAUAUUAGCACCCACUGAAGUUCCAGUGAGUAUCAACCCUUACUUUGCCUUGAUAUCACUUGAAUGCGAGAAUUCCAGAAUGAUUUUAAACUACCAGCUACUUUAGCUUAUGCUCCUUGGAAAGCUAUUGAAAUAUUGCGUCACUGCAUUUUGCUGUUGACAUCUGUUGAAUUUGCAGUUUAUUCUUUUUUUUGUUAUAGACUCUACAAGCACUCACCAAUUCAAUCUUUAAUGAUGUGAACAUACCAGAUAGAUACCAGAAGUCAUAUAAUUUGUUUGCUUCAAUGUUCUCCAAAUGCUCUUCUCUGCAACAAUGGGUGGGUCGUGUUAGGGACGAAACCAUUGCAAAGGACUUAGCUGAUGUGAAGAAAGAGUUCCAUGAGAAGUACUAUGAGCUGAAAGAAGAGAGAAUGAGCUUGAUCAAAAUCAAAGUCAAGGAGACACUUGGAAUUGAGCUGGAGGUAUAUUUUGUAAAGCCUGCUAUGAUGUUGGUUAUUGGUUAUACCUUUACGUGUGUAUCUGGGUUUUACAUGGAAUUUCUUUUUGUAAUGCAUUAUUUUUUAAGUGGGUGUGUUAUUGAAAAGUUAAUACUGUUGGAAAUUGUUGCAAUGGCCACCACGAGGAGAGAGUAAAAAGGACUUAUUGUGCAAGAGCAAUUAAAACAAGAAUCAAAUGUAACUGCUCAGUCACACAGACGAAAAAGGCCAUUGUGUUUUCAAAGUACAUGUAAUUUUAGUUUGCAUUUCGGAAUUGUUAGAUAAUUAUAUUGCUUGCUUUCAGAGCUGUAAAUUAUUGCAAUCAGUUAUUAGACAAUAUUGGAUUACAGUCAAACCAGGUCAAGCGUUCCCGUCGCUAACGAACUAAUGAAUUCAUUCACGGAAAAAUGAUUUCGUUUGUUGAUUCAAUAAUCCAUUCAUAAAAUGAACAAUCCAAUAGUCAUAUUUAGCCUCGAUUCUAUAAUCGAAUGUUGAUUCGAUUAUUUUGAAAUUAAACCCAAAUUUGAACACAACAACAAAAUAUAUUUUGUUCUAUAAACCAAAUCAACAUUUGAUUAUUGAAUCGGACAUUUGAUAAUUCAUUUUAUGAAUGGACAAACCAAAGAAAUCAUUUUUCCAUUAAUAAUCAUUUUUGUUAGCGACGGUUUGAUUUGAUUGCCCAAACAAAAUUCUACUUGGGCAGGACAUAUAAGAGAAACCAAAUAAUACAUGUCAUCAAAAGUAUAUAUGUGUGUCUGACAUCUGAUUUGUCCCACUACUAAAGAGGUGGCAAGAAAAGUUAUUUGCAGGCCGAAGUGUUUUCUAAUAGUAGGGUCCAAAUGUUUACUUAUCAAUUCUUUUGUAAAUGUAAUUUGUUUUUCAGAUGGAAGUUAAGAGAGAUGAAUUGAUAGAAACAGAAGAGGCUUCUCCUACCGUGGAGGAAGACAUUGCAAAACCUGGAGAGGUUGCUAAAGAAGAAGGGGAUGACCAGGCUCCAGAACCAGAGGAUAAAGAGGGAGUACCUGCUGCCCCGCCUGUUGAAGAACAGGGGUCAGCUACUGAUACCGGUGAGGCAACCCAGGCAGAAGCACAAACCACGCCCGCAGAAAACACUCCAGCUCCCACGCAAGAAGAUUUGUUUGGCAAUAUUGAUCAGCUUAAAAAACAGCACGAAGAGGAGUUAGCUGAAUUUGAGAAGGCACAGGAAAUGAACAAGGCUCGUGUGGAGCAAGGUUUACAAGAAAAGCUGAGAGCACGACGAAGCAGGAGGCGAAAGAUUAAGGCACAGGAGGCUGAGGCAAAUGCACUCUCAGGAGGGGAGGAUAAUAAUGACCCCCCUCCCCCUUCAGAGAUUGCCUUUUUGCAACCUGCGGUGAGCUAAGAGAAUUUAACCAGUGUAAAUACUGAUCGGGGGUGGGGGGGGGGUGGGGGUGGGUGCGGGGAUACAACUAAAAGAAGUUAAGGCAGGGUUUUGUGGCGUGAAACCCACUCUUCCCGGACAAAACUUUUUUUUUAUUCAAACGAGGCAAUUCCAAAACAAUCUUCAAACGUUAACUCCCAUAAAAUUUAGACGUGAACCGUAAGCAAAUAUCCAUUUCCCGUGUUACUUUAUGAAUUGAUUGUACACCCACACAAAGAUUUUCAAGAAAUGAAGAUUUAUGGUGUAAAUACACUUUGGUUUAUUACCAGCCCCUCUUUCCUGAGAACGGUAAAUGUAAAUUGUUGUAGUUAAUUUAUUUGAAGAAAGAGACUUUGGUCUUUUCCAAAUUUCAGAACACAGGUGUGUUAUUAAUUUUGUUAUUAGUAAAGCGUUAAUAAGUGUGAAAACUCACUAACUGGUCUGACGUUAGUGGCAAACGAAAGAAAGACUUAACAUUUAAUAACACUUAGAGUGCGAAUUAGUCGCCUGUUAGAUGUGUAAUGAUGAGUUACUCACAAUACUGUCUGGUGUCAACAAUUCCCACCAUUCACUGUACACGUGAUAACAUGUACCUUUACUUAUUCUAUUUAUAAUCUACUGAGACUAACAAGUGUGAAAAAAUUGAAAUUGAAAGUUAAUACACUGUACUAACGUAACUGGAUGCGAAACAGGAAGGCCAAUGCAAGUUAGAAGAACUUAAUCUAGUUUUGAAAGCCCGGCUAUCUUAUCACUUUUAAUAUUUUGUGGCUUUUACAAAAAAAUUGUAGUUUUUAGUUUUUCAAAGUCUCGAAAAGUACGUUUGUAACUUACUUACAGAUUCGAGAUUGGCGAAAGUAACUGGGUUUAAUAGAAUCAGAAGGCAGUGCGCUUAAAUUGUUGAUAUGGCAAGUAGAAGGAUUAAUAUAAGACGAAAAGGCAUUCUUUCUUGAAUUGUUUGGUCACUUUUUUGGCCUAACCGUCGAAAACAUAUUAUCGUAGCUCAAGACUUUUUACCUUUCGGAACAAAUUAUUUUGAAAAAGAAUAGGCCAUGCGGUUUGACUUAAAAAAGAGGCGUGCAGCAUAUUUUCUUACGUUGCGGAAACUUAGCUCAUUGUAGCCUGUUAACUGCCAUUAGUAGUUAUUUCACACUUUGUGUAACUGAUACAGUCGAACCUUUGCACGGACAGUUCUCUCUCGUCUGCAGAAACCAAUAAUUUACAUGAUCAUGACUUCUACAACUUUCAUGCUCUGUUAAUGUACAUGAGUUUAGCUCUGUCGUUUUAUGGCGUACGUGUUAACGAGGUUAUACUGUACGUUACAUGUUUGUGGUGAGAUAUUUUGGUGCAGGUGAUUUGUUCUAACAUAAUACACGAAUACCAUGUGCACUCUAAAUGUAACUAACUUAUUUUAACUAUGUACAUUGUAGAAUUAAUUCUCUUUUUGCAAUGUUAGUUAACAGACUUGAUGACUAAUAAACUAACCCACCAAUAAUCGCAAUGAAUAUUUGUUUGUCUUUUAGUUAAUCCUUUUUAUCCCAGUAUUUCUGUUUCUCAAAUAUCCUCAAGAGUUUAACAUUCAUUUUCACGAAAAUGUGUAACGGACUCACCGAUAAGAAUUACUUGGCCACAUGAACAAUAGUUACACUUUCUGACCUUUCAAGCAUAGCGUGAUUGCUAAGCUUCACUCCUGCCCGAGGGUUGUCAAGAUCAAGGAAAGAUGUUGCCCCUUUUCUCGUUGUUAAGUUAGGUCUGACCCUUGACGCAAGAUGAAUCCUGGUUUACAAAAAUGUAAACCAGGAACCACAAACCCCUCAAACGGCCUGAUUGUCAUAAAUCUGUUGCGCUGUACCCCUGUAACAGAUUUUACAAAUCGUUACACUUAGUUUUAGAUAAAGAGAUCACCGAAGAGAUCGGAAAGCGUGUAUCUGUUGGGCGGACACAACGCGCCGACAAAUCAGUCGUAUCGUGUAAACCACCCCUUAAAGUAUUUUGUAGGAAUACCCGUCGAAGACUUGUUUCCUUGUGUUUUGGUCAGCUUAGUAGUAAUUGCACUCACCAUCUAGCAGUUCUUUAAGUUGGCGCCUUUUGUCCGCCAUUCAAUGGGCCAGAUUUGGGGAACCCAUUGAGACUGGCAGCUUACUGGCAUCCUAACGUUCUUGGUCACGCAUCCUAGCGACCUAGAUUUUCAUCAAACAAAGCCCUUUUGGGGGGGUGGGGGAAAGGCGGGGGAGUAUUCCGUCACUUUUUGUGACUUCGUCGCUCGUGAUAGAGUGAUUUUAUUUGAACCGUGAAAUAGGUAGUAGAAUACUACGCACUAUCAUGCACUAAUUCUAUUGUCUUCUUUUGUUUACCUCUCGCUAUUUUGCACUAUUUGUUAGUAUCUGUUUCACGGUUCAAGUAAAAUCAAGUCGACUUGAAGUCAAAUAUACCUGACAAAUACUGAUUUGCACCACCGACCUUAACAAAGCGUAUUCCCUUCCUUUUUCCUUUGACCCAGUUCUAAUUUAUCGAUAUGACUCAGCUAGAUGUAGGCAAUGUGUAAGUGAUUGUCCUAAACAAUGAGAUUAUCAAAUCAAGUUAAAGUCUGAGGACGAAAUCCCAAGGAGAACCAUUUAAACGAAACUUGUGAGUCGUGCUUUUUUUUACAGGACAAGAAGGAAAAUUAGGAUUUAUUUGGUUUCAGGAGCUUAUAUUUAAUAGGGAAUAUAGGUUUUUGUGUAACCUGUGUGCUACAAUGCGCUCUCUGAUUUUGGGUUUCCUUUGUAGAAACGUGGUAACCCCACUGUGCUUCCAGCCUCCAAUUUUAAUGCCGAGGCAGACUGUGAGUUGCUAAAGAAGGCCAUGAAAGGAGCAGGUAGACUACAUUUAGACAUCAUUAAGAAUUGUCAAAUUAUAUUAGUUGUAGUUUUAAGGGCUUCUAUAUUAAGCAGUUUGACUCUUGACCAAUUUGAGCGUAUGUCCUUUAAGGCCAGACUCUCCUUGUGGAGAAUAGUUCCAUUUGAUUAAGUUUAGUAAAACUGAAGGUUUUCCCCAUAGCUGUUCGGUAAGGUUAAUUUAAUUUAAUCCCAGCUAAGCUUCAUGCCGCAGGAGUGAAAGACUUUUAGGUCCGUUUUAAGACCGGCGUAGUAAUCGAGAUGGCAUUCUUCGCUAUGAAUGGACUAUCAAUGGCCCAUUUUAUAUCCGUAAGGUAUUGAAAAUGUUUAUUUUUACCGUUCUCGUGAUAUUUCAGGGACUGAUGAACAGACUCUUAUGGACAUUAUUUUGAAACGAACCAAUUCUCAAAGAGUGGAAAUCAGAAAAACAUACAAGACGAUGUUUGGCGAGGUUAGUGAGUUUAGCGUAGAGAUAAAACUUAAUUUAAACAUCGAUCCAUGAUACAACUGCACAAGUGCAGCUCUGGGAACACGACUACUUUCAACGGCGAGCUUGCGCAAGCAUACAUAAUAUAUAUAUAUUUGUAAGCUUACUCGAUCGAGAGUCGAAAUUUGGUUAAUUUUAGUCAGAAGAAACUUUUGCUAUACUCAACUUUGCUUUGGUUGCCAAUUUUUGGGAGGUCGGUAUUAAAUCUUAUCCACCUAAGCCCUACAUAAAGAAGGCCCUAGAAUAUGUUUGCCAUCGCGCAAAAGGAAAGGUUCCACAACACACGUCUUAUACUCUUUUCAAAAGUGAUUUCUUUGUCCCCCCAGUUAAAUUCUAUGUCUUGCAGCGGUCGAGAGUUAAUGUUCCGUUACUUUGUUAGGAUCUAAUGGAUGCUCUAAAGUCAGAACUCAGCGGUAACUUUGAAGAUUGUUUGUUGGCGAUACUUGAACCAGCUGCACUCUAUGAUGCCAAGUGUUUGAGACGAGCAAUGGAGGUAAGGAACUACUUUUCUUCUCCCUAUGUUGAUCAUUGCAAUCACAUAUCAAACUCGUCCCCAGGGUCUUCUCUCCUGCCGCAGCCAUAUUGGUAAACGAGAAGACCCUGGUGACGAGGCUGUUCACAUAUUCAUAGGCCAUAUGCGCGUAAGACUGGGGUCGACGUUUCUCGAAUUGCACUGUGGGUCAAAUUGGUCCCACGGUAUCCUCAUGCGCGACCUCGAAAUGGCAUUUUGGGUUUGGCUAUUUAUUACAGCAAAUAUUCCCUAGCCGGAUUAAACCUCCCGGCUUUCAAAGCGAGUCGCCGAAAAGCAUUCCAGCACUGACAGCUAUGGCGGCUAAGAAUAUCAUUCUGUACUCAGUUGUUAUUGAAUCUAAUCAAAACAUUAUUGAUUCCCAGUCUUUGCCUUCCUCUUUUUAGGGAGCUGGAACAGAUGAAGAAGCGUUGAUUGACAUCUUAUGUACUCGUACAAAUCAGGUUUGUGAUGAUAAAGCCACAUGUGCCCUUCUGUACUCUAACUACGGGAAUGUGGCACAGCGUAUACAUGGGGGUAAAGUACCGUAAAUCCUCUAUUAAAGCCCCGCUCUCCAAUGAGCCCCUCCCCCUUUUCAGAGGAAAAAAGUUAAUAAGCCCCCCUCUCUCUUAUCAGUUUCCAGAAAAUUACUAAAUUUCAUUCAAUUAUAUACUGCUAAAAAAAAUAAUUAUAAGGGAGCUGUACUUUUAUAGUAUGUUCUUUUGAGCGGUAAUACGGUAAAAUCAAGAGACUAUAAAGGGGACAGAGAGGGCAUCCCCCAUAUACAUCCUAUUCCAUAGGUAAUUCGUCUCGAGUUAUUUUUAACACCACAGAUCUCAAAGGGGAUUAGACAACAGCCAAUCACAUAGCGCGAAUGUGUUUCGCGUGUAUGACCCACGCUGAGAGCCACGCGCCCUUCACGAAAUGACGCAGAACGAAAUGGGGGAAGACGCGGAGAGCGAUUUUGCUAUUCCUUUUGUCGACGAAAACGACUACAGCGAGAUUUCUGCGAAAGCUGUGUCAGCGAAACGGAAGUUAAAAAAGAAUCGCCCUUCCUCUCUUGUAUAGAGCUAACAGUAGAGCAGGGAAAUCCUUAACACACUGAAUAUUCUCUCAGGAUCAUUUUUAAUUUACAGUUUGAAGAGAGUAAUUUCUGGUUUGAUGUUUAUUUUUUUCAGUCUUUAUAGCGAUUAUUCCUACCCAUUUACUUUGUCAAUUGUAGGCGAACCCUCCUAAAGCUGAAUUUCAAGGGAUCAUAUUCAAGCUCAGAAAGAGAAAUAAAAUUUCGUCGUUGCUUAUUUACGGCCUCCAUAAAACGCGAAAUUAGGCAUUUUCACGUCGUAGUCGUGCAAAAACGGAAAAGAAAGGAACAAAACAGUGUGUUGCACGUGCGAAGUUGUUGUUUUGCUAAUUAAACCUAUUGUUUUUUUGACGUUCUAGUUGUCGUCCGCGUCGUUGGAUCUUAAACUCCCUAAAUUGUACAAACGACCGGUUUCAAUAGACCAGCGAAAUUUCACAUUUUAUUAAACCGCUGAGGUUACGACAACUUCGAGUUAAACUGAUUUCACGGGUUGUCAAAGAGUCCAGCGAUUCCUUUUUCCCAGGUGAGCGCCGACUCAUUUCGCUUCAAUAUUCAGAAAUGCUCUCGAUCUUUUUACGCUUUCAUUGCCUCUCGCCCGACAUAUUUUGCACGGCGUUUGGUCAUGCGAAACCUCCACGAAACAUCCACGCCUCGCGCGAGGUAACUUUAUCCCGAUUCUAAAAAUAACUCGAGACGAAUUACCUAUGGAAUAGGGUGUAUAUGGGGGAUGCCCUCUCUGUCCCCUUUAUAGUCUCUUGGGUAAAAUUGAUGGCUUUAAAGUUAAAGUGCUCUACUUGCAAUGCACAGGGCGUUUUCUCGUGGUUAAGGGUUUAUAAUUAUUCAUAUUCUUCAACCCAGCUCAUAAACUUUCUCCGAAACAAAGCAAAGAUUCGAAAAGCAGUAAUCGGACGAAAAAGAUUCUUGAUAGUAGUUUUUUUUUCGAACGUGAACUGGUUUUGGUGACAAUAUUAGUGUUGCAGCUUCGGCAAUGUCUGUUUUGUUCAUUUUUAUUUGUUUCGUUUUAACAGGAGAUAGCUGAUAUUAAGAAGGCUUACAAAGAAUGUGAGUGUUACUCUUUCUUUUUCGUUUUUAAUUCUUCAUAACUCAUUCAAUCAAAGAGUGAGUUGUUUGAAAGAUAUUGCACCUGGCUUCCUAUGAAAGAGGUACCAGAUUGCUUUGGUUCUCGGCGCGACAUAUCAUGAAACUGUUAAAUGUUAAGUUAAAGUAAAUGGUAAACGUUAAAUAAUAGACUUAAAUAUUCCGUUGAUUGUUAUUUCUUCGAGAUUCUUACAGCAUUUGAAAAACUCACGUCUUGUAGACUGCCUUUUUUUUCACCUAUCCGAGUACAUUUCUUGAUUAAUUUAAACCUGUUGUUUCUGUCUUUCUGCUUUUCUCUAACUUACGCUCAUGAAUCAAGGUUAAUUGUCGUUGCAAGUGUUUCUAACUUUUGAAUUUUCUGCUUAGAUUACGAGCGUGACCUUGAACAGGACUGCAUGAGUGAAACCAGUGGUCAUUUCAAGAAGCUUUUAGUCUCUAUGUGUCAGGUAAUAACAAGCGUACAUGAAUUUUUAGUUCUAAAGGUGUGAUAUUUGUAGCCCUGUUUCCUUGCACCAUGAUAAGCCUUGGGGUGCGGGAGGGAGGGCAUUAUAGAUGGAGAGGGGUAUCGCGCUAUUCUGUGAUAUACCGCGAAAGAGUUUCUUGACAAAAUACUAGGUUAUGAGGGUGCAGAACUUGCAAAUCGUCUUCCUAUAGUUAUAGAGAAUGGUAAGUGUAAAGAGGCGGUUCUAGUAUCUUACCAAAUAUUUCGAUCUCUGUACCAUGGUUUGGUAUGGUUUGCCAUGCAAAAGAAACUGACUGAAUGCGUUUUACCACAUUAGUAGUUAACACCGUGCAGCAUGAAGCCUUCAUGACUUCUAUUCUCAGAAGUUCAGCCAAAAUUUCGUCAGUUAUACAGUCAAACCUCCCGCGUAAGCGACCAAUUGUGCGGCACCUGCUAUGAUAACCUGGGACCACGUUCUGCAGUAGAGGGAAAUGGCCUAAAACGGCCGGCUCGCUUCGCUCGCCUAUUUUUUUUGCCUUUCCCUCACUGUGCAAGCAGGUCCCAGGCUACAAUUCAAGAGCAAAGAAAAGUAAUAGAUGAGGGCGCUCCCUUAAUAGGUGUGAAAUCCUCCAAGGUUAGGUUCUUACUAGGGCUUCGACGUUUUGGAGCAGCUCUGGUGUGAAUUUCAGCAUUUUAUCUUCGAUCAGCGCCGGGCAUUCUCAAAUCAGUCCAACAAAAAGUAAUGAAAAUGAUGUUUAAGUGAGAUAAUUAUGUUGUUAAUCAAUGUAUUUUUAAGGGCAACAGAGACGAGUCUACCACUGUUGACGUUGCUAAGGCUAAGAAGGAAGCAAAGGACUUGUUUGAGGUAAAGUUAAAAAUAGACGGGCGUCUUCCCGUGUUUGUCUCAGUUUUCUUCGAAAUGAUGGGUCUCCCAUGGAAAUUCAAUAUUGAUCUUUGUCAAAAGCAACUAACGGCUGGAAGAAGAACACUCCAGUUUUCCGAUACGUCCCCUUCCAAUGGCUGAAAUUGUUAAAACCUCGAGCUGAAGCCAACAUGUGAUAGAUUCACAAUUAACUUCGCCAAAAUGUCAGUCGACCAAGAUUACCACUUGUAUUUUAUGUAUAAUGCACAAGCAAACGUCUUGGAACGAGUAAGUAUAGUGGACUACGACAGAACAGAUUACUUUAACCACAAAUAGGAGUCCUUACCCCUGAGUCUCCACCCCAUUCCACUCCUUUGUAGACUUAAUUGACAUGUUGCCUUGCUGGUGAGUGACAGUUGCUAUUGUUUCGGUUUCUCUUUUCUUAAAACGGGCGAUCGGAUUACGUCAUUUUUUAUGUUGUUUCACAGGCAGGAGAGGCGACUUGGGGUACAGAUGAGUCUCGCUUCAAUGUUAUUCUCGUCACAAGGAGCUUUCCGCAACUGAGAGCUACUUUUGAUGAAUAUGUGCAGGUAAGCUAAGCACAUACAUAAUUAUUCUAGUAACCAGGCGCGAGGCCGCGCACGCCCUAAAGUCCAAGGUCGUGACAGUGUGAAUCAAUAAAGUGAAGGGAGCUCCCUACAGCUUUCCCUCAGCCCCACCCGCCGAGAGCUUGCUCGCAGGCUAAAAAAAAUAAGAAUAUCAGAAGGCGGAGUUCUCUUGAUACGGCUCGAUUUCAGUUAAAUUCGUUUCAGUGCGAGGAGUCUCUGAACUUAUUGCAAAUAUUACAAGAACUUGAACAGGGCCUUUCACGACAUUACUUUCAUUAAUUAAGACUUGUGAGUCUUUUGACCGCCAAGGAACGUGAUCAUUCUAGGUAAGGCCUUGCUGUUUUGGCUAUAUGGUGCUCCAUCUCUUUCCGUAGCAAUUCAGUCAUGUACCGUUUACAAUUAAGCAGUUGUGUCUUAUGUUGAUUUUGAUAGCGACCACCGUUAAGUCCUUCAUUUUUGUUGAUAAACGGUGCCAUCUCCACCAACUAAACCUAAUGAACUAUUUUUUUUUUUUUUAUGAUUUGCAGAUGACGCAACGUGAUAUUUUGAACAGUAUUGACCGUGAAAUGUCUGGAAAUCUCGCGGCUGGUUUAAAGUGUAUUGGUAAGUCAUUCUUGCAAGUGGCUUCCUACUGUUGUUUGCCUUUUUCCGCCCUUUUCACAAAUCAUCUUUAACUUAACGCUAGAUUUUGGCCUCAUAUAAAAUGUUGAAAUUUUUUGCAGUACAAUGUUCAAGGAAACCUGCAGAAUACUUUGCUGAUCGAUUGUGGAAUUCCACAAAGGGAGCUGGAACCGAUGACACCACCUUGAUUCGAAUUGUUGUUUCCCGUUCUGAAGUGAGUUUUCUUUUUAUAUUACCUACUUUUAAUGGUACAGUCAGAUUUUCUUCGGCUUACGUCUCCUGGGAUGUGACUGAGAAACCCCUUGCAAAACGUUUUUAAAGUCUGAGUCAGUAAUAAUAGUACUAAUGUGCUCCGUUCAUUUGUUGUGUCUGUCGUGAUUAACAGGGGCACCCAACGACUUUUGGCCCAGAAAUUUUUUUAAGGAACGAGAACCACUAAAAAUAUCUGAAUAACUGUUCCAUUCUUCAAGGAUAUUCGGAGUAUUUCUUCCAAAUUCCUAAGAUUUUCGGAGGUUUCACAUUUUAUUACCGAAAUAUUGCGAUUAUUGUCGAAGACGGUCUUCUGAAAAUUUUGGUAUAGAGGCGAAACGUCCCCUAGAAUUUUCUACUGAAAAUACUGCCACUCCGAUCCAUGUCCUUGAACGGUCAAAUGGAGCCAUUAGGGUAGGUAACAUGAGUUUCGGAUGAGGCGAAAAAGCCAGCUUAAACUUUGGAGACGACCAAAAUUCCCCUGAGACAUCUAAACAGAUAAAUAGUUUCAAAGCUCCAAAUUAGCCAAACAGGUUUCUAAAUCAUAGAGAAAAGCAUUUGAGACACCUCUGACGGAAACAUGUGGAAACAUUCGGUUGUUGUGUGUGCCUGAGUUUUUAUAUGAAUGGAACGCCCGAUUAUUGAAACAACAGGGCCUCAACCGAACAAAAAAGAAAGCGGUUUAUCCACCUCAAAAGCGAAUCUUCUUCUCAAAAACUUCGUUUUCGUUUGGCUCAAAAUGAUGCAUCCAGCUUCAGGUCUGAAAUUUUCUCCCUCUAUAGUCGCUUCUCUUGAUUUGGCAAUUAAACGUUAAAUAAUUAAGUGUUCACCUAUAACGUUAUGAAAAUUGGAAUGAUCUCAAACGAGUCUAUGAUGAUUUAGCUGAGGGGCACUCGUCGUUUACAAAGUUUUGAUUUCCCUGCGUCUUUUUUUUACCAACGUUGUGCUGUUUUGUUUUGUGUUCAGAUUGACCUCGUGGAAAUCAAAGAGGUUUUCCUGCAGAAGUACCACUUGACGCUGUAUAAAAUGAUUGAAGACGAAUGUAGUGGCGACUACAAAAAACUCCUUCUUGCUGUGGUUGGAGAAGGCUGAAACAUGAAAACUUCCUUAAACUCAUCCUCGGAAACCAAGGGACAGCUAAUCGGGGCGAAAUUAGCUCCAAAGAUAUUUAGCCGAACGGAAACUGAUAGGAUAGGCCAAUUUCCAUUUGCCCCAAGCCUCUGUUUCAAAACGAGGCAAAGUGCGAAACCAUUGAUAAAAAAUGCUUUUCUAUUCUCCUGCGACUAAAACUCAUUUUCACAAGAUAGGUUUCGACAUAUCCUCGAUUUGAAAGAAAGAGUUUUUGAAAAUAGCAAAUGGCCUAUUGAAUCAACUUCUAGUUCAGUUUGUCCUGCUAAAUCGAUUCACUUAGUUUCGUAACCCUUAUCAAUAAACGUCAGAGUCAUUCUAUAUACCCCUGCCGCCAGAAUUAUGUGGGUUCUUCACUUCUCAAAAAAAAAAACAUUCUUGUCAGUCAGAGCAGGGAAUUAUAACAGGGGCGGACGGAGGAUUUUGUGAUAGAGGAGGCCUAGAGAUAUAGUAUAUAGUGGCAUUAUGGGCGCGAUAGCGCCUAUCAGAACUGCGAGUGGCGCACUUUUCUAGGGAGGUUCGGGUGCAUGCUCCUCCGUGAAAAACGUUUUUUGAGAUUGAAGUUCUCUGAGAUGAAAUCUAGUGCUUUCUGGACGCUUAAAUCUAGCAAAUGCCUGGAUUCCAUAUUGAACGUGUAAUGCUGAAAUAUUUAAUAAACCACUGGGCACUCCUAAAUCCGCCCUUGUAUAAAACUCCCAGUGGAACUAGUUCAAUAAACAUGAGUGUCCAGUGGCUCUCCCAAGGGCUGUCCCGUUCUAAGGAUGAUGAUACCGGUACCGGCUUCCAAGUAGCAGCUGCCUUUGGGUCUGAGAGGAUGGUCAAAUCUGUAUUUUAGUUGUAUCAUGAUUUCACUCAAACCUACUGAUCACGUUGAAGCACCUUGCUGCGGUUGUUUAGUUCUGUAAAUACUUUCUAAAUUUCAAUGUAAACUUAAGGUUCACAGAAGAAGACGCUAAUAAGACGGACGUCAUCACCCACAAUAUAAUCCUAAGUUUUGCUUAAUUUUAGGUUUUGUUUGUUUGAUUUUUGACGCAGAAACCUAGCUGUUUUGAAUUCUCGCUCUUCGCGAUAGGAUAGGAAAAUGGGGUCUCCAAUACGGUUGAGUUGAUAUACAGUUAGACCUUGAUUGUUCAAAAGCUGGAUGCAUCCAUCGGAUAAAUCUGCUAUCCACUGGAUAGUUUGGUUUCAAUAAUCCACUGGGUAAAAAUCCGUUAACGCUAUCCAGCUUUUGAACAACUGGGGCCUGGUCUUUACUCUAAAAAAUCCGGUUUGGAUUUGAUCCGAAGAAUGCAAGCAGUGUGGAUCAGCAUGGAUUCAUGAUCCGUUUUUAGUUGUCCCUAGUAGAGUGCAAAAUUUAUUUCUGGUUAAAAAAUUCGGACUUGGAUAUUCCCAGUGACACACCCUUUGAUUAUUUGAUAUAGUAAACACGGAACGCAGCUAGCGUUUAUACUUGUAUAAGCAAACACUUAGAAGUAAGUUUUUUUUUUUUUUUUUUUUUUCGGAGGUACUGUGUUUUUGUAGACCGACCUCUAGGGAUCCGCAAGUAACGGAGGUGGCACUGAUGUAUUCCUGACCAGUAAGAUGGUAUACACUGGUGCUAUCCUGCCUGUUUCUAGCGCACAUAAAAUCCUGUGACUGGGAUCUUUUCAAUACUUUCUUUGUUUCAAAUCUCAACCCAUCCCGGAAUUGGAGUCAUUGCCACGUCACUUAUACUAUAUAAAAAUUAUCAGUCCUUGAUUUUCAAAUUUAAAAUAACUUGAUGGGUUGAUUAACCUUUCGACAGUGAAAUUUUAUGUUCUUAACUAAAGAUAUAGGAACUUCCGUGGAAUUUCCUCUAUAACGGACAUAUCCGCUGAGCGUUUUCACGAUCGUAUCAUAUUUAAUAGUGUAAAUAUUUAACAGUGCCAUUUAGUUUUUGGUAAAACAGCGUCGUGUCAUAUAAUUUUGAUCCACUACCUAUAUAGUUGUGAUGUAGAUAAUUGUACUCUUGAGAAAGUCGAG